AUGGCGCCUGACUUAUCUACGAAGAACAUCUCCUUCAUUGGAGGCGGCAACAUGGCCGCGGCCAUCAUCUCCGGCCUCCUGAGCAAGGGCUUCGACAAGCAGAAGAUCCACGUCUCGGAGCCAUGGGAGGUCAACCGCAACAAGAUGGCCGAGCUGGGCGUCAAGACUACGACAUCCAACCUCGAGGCCGCGUCCGGCGCCGACAUCCUCAUCAUCGCCGUCAAGCCCCAGGUCGCCAAGACGGUGUGCCAGGAGCUGGCGGGCGCGUGGGAGUCGUCGUCCUCGAGCCUGCCGCUGGUGGUCUCCAUUGCUGCCGGCAUCACGAGCGAGAGCCUGCGCAAGUGGAGCACCACGGCCGCCGGCAAGGCGCCGCCCGUCGUCAGGGUCAUGCCCAACACGCCCGCGCUGGUGGGCGAGGGCGCCAGUGGCCUCUACGCGGCCGGGGACGACGUCUCGGCCGAGCAGAAGGAGCUCGUCACCGGGCUCAUGAGCAGCGUCAGCAAGGCGACCGAGUGGGUUGACAAGGAGGAGUUGCUGGAUGUUGUCACUGGGCUAUCUGGUUCCGGCCCCGCGUACUUCUUCGCCAUCGUGGAGCACCUGGUCGCGAGCGCGACGCGCCUCGGCCUCUCGGAGGAGCAGGCGACGCGGCUGGCCAAGCAGACGUGCUUCGGCGCGGGCAAGACCAUGCUCGAGUCGGCCGAGACGCCCGCGCAGCUGCGCAAGAACGUCACGAGCCCCAACGGCACGACCCAGGCCGCGCUCGAGAGCUUCGAGGCGUCCGGCCUGGCGGGCAUCGUCGACAAGGCGGUCGAGGCCGCGACCAAGAGGGGCGAGGAGCUCGGGAGGACGCUGGCGGAAGCGUAG